UCAUGGCAUUUCUACUUGACCGUCUCCUUAGGGGGGGAAAAUGUCUCAUUUACAUUAAAAAAAAUUAACGAACAUUUAGUAUCCGUUCAUCUUUUCCACUUUCCUCUCUCUGGGGAGAGGGAAAAAAAUGAAAAAAAAAAAAUCCUUAUAACAAAUAUACAUAAUCAAAAUCCCCAAAUUCUCAUAUUGGUCAUGUUCAAAAAUCUGCAGCAUCGAACUUUUCUGAGCACUAAAAAAAAAAAAAAAAAGCUCUACCAUCCAGCUUUUCUUUUUGGGGGGUGGUUAGGUAGGCGACAAGAUCACCCCUUUCCUUCUCCAUUCCUCCCCAGCUCAACCCCCAGCCCCGGGGGAAAUAAAAAAGACAAACAGUCUUUGGAACAAAUAAGCCGAGCCGAGCCAGACAGAUCCAUGCAGCUGCCAAGUCCAAGAAUCACGCCUCCUCCUAGCGCUUGGAGUCCGUCCCCCAGUGCCCCAUCGCAGCAAGGGGCCGCUGGGGUCUGCCCAGUGGAGCACAGAGCCUGUGAAGGACUCUUCCCGUCAUGCUCCUCUGUCCGAAUAGUUCAAAACUCUGUGCAACAACAAGUCCCCGCCUCCGGCAGUCACGACUAGCAACAGGACAGAACUGUACUUCCAUUGGCCGACAGAAGCAGAUUCACGCUCUCAUUGGUCUAUAGAGAAAAGACUUCUUCCCAUUGGGCAAUAGAGGCAGCUCCGUGAACCCAUUGGCUAGAAGCUCUCCAAGUCCCGCUCCGGGGAGGGGCUUCCGCCAUUUUGUCUGGGGUGGCGGAAGGAGGAGGUAGAGGAAGGCGGCGGCUCUGGUAACUGUGAGAGCAGCCAGUCUUCUCGUCUCGGGUCUAUUUUGGUGCGAUCUGGUCCGCGCUCUCGCCCGCUCGCCGUUUCUUAAGGAGAGACCACCGCCGUCUCCCGGAGCUCGGAGUUGCUAGGACUUCUCCCCCCCAACCUGGGUGCCGAGGAGACUCCGAUGUUGAACUCAGCAGAUCAGCCCAUGAAAACUUCCACACUCAGACAAAGAAACAGAUCUGGCAGAAAACAACACUUGUUAUACUGGGCCUGGCAGCAGGGGAGAAGACAAGUGGUGGAAAUCCUACAGUCUGCAAAGCAGACUGAAAGGUGACAUAGAAGCUGGAAAUGGGUGGUGGAGAGAGAUUCGACAUUCCAGUUUCCCAAUCUAGAAAUGUUAGUAAGAACCAACAAGAACAACAACUUAAUAAGCAAAAGAACAAGGAUCAGAAUCCCCAGAUGAAGAUUGUUCCUAAGAAGAAAGAAAGAGGACAUUGCUGUAAUUCAUCUGCAGCUGCGUGGCAGGCUGUACAAAGUGGGGGGAAGAAUGGGCAUUUUCCAAAUAAUCAAAAUUGGAAUUCCAGCUUAGCGAGUUCCAAUUUAUUUUUGAAAUCCCAAACUAAUCAGAACUAUGCCGGAGCCAAAUUUAGUGAGCCCCCAUCACCAAGUGUACUGCCUAAACCUCCCAGUCACUGGGUUACAGUUUCCUUGAAUUCUUCUGAUAAAGAAAUAAUGACCUUUCAACUGAAAACCUUACUUAAAGUCCAGUUGUGAUGUGAGAUAAUCAGAUUGUUGAUGUUUAAAUGUUUAGAGCUUCAGGUAUUUGACAGCAGUGAAUCAGACUUUGUUCUUGGAUAUGGCUAGAGAAUUUGUCUUUCAUCUAUAUAGAGCAGCUGACUGAUUAUAGUAGGUAAUACUUGAUGUAAAAUUUCAUCAUGCUUGUUUUGUGUGUGUGCGCACAUGUGCAUGGGUCUUCAUUGCCCUGUGACUAAGGAGAUGGCAGUAUGAUUCGGCUUGAUGUCACCUGUCCUUAAUUGAAUAGUAACUUUUCAAGUUUUGAACUUGAAAUCAUGGUUUGAAUUUUGAAGGGAGAUUUAUGGUAUAGACUAAUGGACUUGUUUGAGACAAAUUUAUGUAUUAUGUUUAUAGGCAAAAACAGUAGUACAGUGAACAUUUAAUGUGAGGCAACACACUUGUUAUUUUUGGAAAACAAGAUAAAAUUUACAUUUCCGUGCAGCUAUGCUAAAGGAUUGAUUGAAAAGGACCAGGCACUUGUAAUGGAAUAGCAAACUAUUGCAAUGUAAUUACAAUCAUAAUGAUAUUGGCAAAGUGCCACAUCAAAUGUGAGCUUUCUGGAAUAGAGGUCUGAUGGGAAUCCUUUUUUGGCAAUGAAUUAAAGGUUGGAUAAGGAAGGUAAUGCUAAUCAACAAGGUGUUUUGGAAUCAAAGGGGCUUAUGGCAUACAGGAAGGAUUGCAGCUAGUAGGGCAGAAGACCUUGCCCUGUUAUUACCUGCCUCAUAUCUUAGUUAUUACUUUUGUAGAGGAGAUAUGCCUAAUUUUCUAGGAAUAUUCAUUCUUUCUUAGUUGCUCCAAGGUUAGGAAUAGGGGCAUACCCUGAGGUACAUAUACAUAGGGACAGACAAAAGUGUUUUUGUCAGGAAAGUGUACCAAAAUGCAUCUUAAAGAUAUUGGAAUCUUUAUUCAGUAUUUGGCAUGUUGUGACCUUUUCAAAAUGCAUCAAGGCACUGAAAAAAUGACAAAAUUGUUCUGGCCUCAAACAGUAGACUCAUGAGAGUUCUAAAGUAGGAUAAGGUUAUAAAUGACCUAGCAAAAGAGAAAGCCAUGUAAAUAAAUGUAAAAUUUGUAUCAUAUGUAAAUUUUUGCUGGCCUUUUCUUCACAAAGAAUAUUUUUAAUAAAAAUUGUUGAAUGUAAAGCAGACCAUGGACUGAGCUAAGACAUGGCCUAGUUUUAAGGGGAUCAAAAAUUUUUUUUAAGGAAGCACUGCCCUUGCCCUCUAAGUUACUUGUCAGUGCAUAUACAUAUUUGAAUCAGUUCUGAACUAUAUUGCAAGAGACUAAUUAGGACUUGGGGAAAAAAAAUCAGAACUGAAAGCUGCUAAGACUUAGUGCUCUUAUUUUGAAUACACAAAGGGUGGUUUGGAUAAGAAUACUAUUGAAAAAGGCCUAACUAUUUUUCCAGAAAAAAAAAAAAAACCAAAAAAGGGGGGCUAAGAUGAUUUUGAUUGAAUGACAAUCUUUUACCAAAGGGUACUUCCCCCCCUUUUUUUCCCCCUGAGGCAACUGGGGUUAAGUACUUGACUUGCCCGGGGUCACACACUAGGAAAUGUUAAGUGUCUGAGAUCAUAUUUCAACUCGGGUCCUCUGGACUUCAGGGCUGAUACUCAAACCACUUUGCCACCUAGCUGCCCUCCAAAGGGUCCCUUUUCAAACAGAAAACAAUUUGUAUACCCUUUGGCCUUUUGCCAUCAUUGCUUCAAACUAAGGAUCAAUCACAAAACGAUGGGCUUAAAAAAAUACAGAUGCAUUUGUAAGAUUAAGAUCCAUAUGAACACUGAUUGAAUAAAAAAAUUAGAUAGCAACCCAAUAGUGAAUAAAAGGGAAAAAAUUAGUAUUUAAAAAUAUUAACUUUUCAAAAAAAUGACUACAAAAAUGUGGCAGCUAUUUGGGUUUAUAGUUUUCUUUAUAAAAUUGAUUGCAUUUUAUUUUUCUCCAAGGAAAAGUAUACCUUAAGAACAGAUGUCCAAAUACAUUUGGUGUUUAAUAAACUUGUGAAAUACUUGUAUACGUAUGAAUUGGAAGCAAAACUGAAAAUAAAAUAAUUUUUCCCCCGUG